GACACGGGGCCUGAAGUGGCCGGGCAGGGAGGGGCCUCGGGCAGUCCAGCUCCAGGCACCAUCUGUGCAGGCCCCUCUGCAGCCCAGCCGGCCAGCUGCCUGCUCCACAGCCUCCGCGGCAGAGACAGAGGGGUGGAAGGAGAGGCAGUUCCAGGCCACCACCAUGCACGGAUUGAGGCUCUUCUGCUGCUGCGUGGCCCCGAUCCUGCUCCUUGGGGCGCGGGCAGGUAAGAGGCUUGUCCUGCCCCCUCCCGGGUCUCCCUCCUGCACCCCUGGCCUCCGCUCUGCCAUCCCCCCCUUGUCAUGGGCCACAGCUUGGUGGCACAGAAUCUCUGGGCUGUGGAUGGCCCUGGCAGCGCUAGGCAGGGGCCGGGUGGGUGUGCAGGAGGAUGUGGGUGCCUUUCAGCCUGUCCCCCUGGGAGCCAGCCAGGCAGGCUGUCUCUGGAGAGGGAGGGUUGGAGGGGGGGCAAAGCUGGCAGGCCUCCUUCACCACCCCCUGCCAGUGCCCAAGGAGCCACCUGAGGACAGCUGCAGUGUGGACUUGAUGCUGGACCACCUGGCCUGCACUGGUGGAAAGAGAAGGUGACUGGCUGGCUACUCUCCACACCAGAGUAGAAGGUUGGCUCUGGGGCGGGCAUCCUGCCACUGCUGUGCUGUGCCCUCGUGGUGCUUUCGGCUGCCCCCCUCUUUUGGGGACCUGUCGGUGGAGAGAGUGUGUGCCCGCCUGCCAGCGUUCCCCUUGGUUGCCCUUGAGUUAAUUUGGUCUCUCAGGCUGGACGCUAUAUGCCCAGCUGCCACAGGAUGGCUAAGUAUGGAAACAGGCGUGUAACUGGACCCCCCCAAGCCCCCUCCCUGCCAUGGCCAGCUCAGCUGCUGCCUCCUCGCACUGUCACGGAGGAGCCAGGGCUGCGGAUUUGCCUCCUUUUAAGGACAUCCUUUGUCAUUCUCAAGAACAAAAGGGACUAGUGGGGGGCUGGGGAUCCCCCUCCCCUCCCACUUUCUGUGGGGCACGGGGUGCCCUUGCUAUGGCUCUGCUGGACCUGGUAGAACACACACACACACAAACACGUUGAGCCCCCGAAUUGCACCUGGUUUGGAAUCUGCUCUGGAGCUUGAUGGUGACCCUCUAUUUGCCCCCUGGCAAAGGUUCCUGCUAUCUUGUGGGCUCUGGAAGUGGGCAAAGGGCACACAGAGCUUCCUGGUGACCCUGGUGUCUGCAUCUGAGCCAAGACCUGAGCUGAUGCUCACCUGCAGCUGGAGCCCAGGUGGAGCAGAGAAGCAAGGCCAGGCACCCAUGAGGACCAGCUCUUUCAGUCUCCCCCUGGGUUUUCUGUAUCCCAGAUGAUUCUCCCCUCGGUAUCUUGGGGUGUGCCAUCAGGUCACACUGGCUGAGCCCAUUUUGCCCUUGUCUGUAUAUUGAAAACAGCUUUCAGGGCUGAGUCCUGAGUGCCCCUGGCUUGGGGGCCUGUUGAGGGGCUGGGGGCUGGCCGGAAGGCUGGCAGGGCCUCUUCCCAGGCCAGUGAAAUGCUCUUGAGAGGCCCUGUCUUGCUCUCAGGAAUACCCUUGGGGGGCGGAGAUGGCUUUCUGGGUUGGCAUCCUGGCUUUAGAAUGCGCUUCUGUAUGGAACUGGCUUGCCCUGCACCAGGAGUGCCAUUUUUUUGGGUGUCCCACGAAGACCUCUCUGUUUGCUCGUGUUUUGGAUAGUAGAUGGGUGUUUUCAGAACCGUGCUUAUCCUGUCUUUAGCUUUCAGGGUUGGUUUUUGUCUUGCUGUAUUUCGUUAUGCUUAAUUGUUGGCUUGAAAUUGUAUUUAUAUGCUGUGUGAAUUGAUUUUAUUCACACUUUGUUCAGAGCCCUAGAAUCGUUUGAUGAAAGGCAUUUAAGGAAUGUUUUCAAGGAAUAAACCCCUGUGGCCCUCCUCCCACUGCAGGGAUGGGGGGGGCUGCCCUACCUGAGCUACCUGCAUUACCUGGCCUGGCGCUUCUGCAGACAGUGGGGAGGUGAGAGGGGAUGAAAUGGAGAUGAAGGGCCAAAGCUGCCUUCUCUCCUGGUGCGACUGGGGGUGGGCUCCUGGGCUUCCCCCUCCAGCCAACAGCAGCCUCACUUUCCCCAGUGAGUCCCCCAGUGGUCCUGCUCCGUGCCUGACCCCCCUGGCAAGCCAGCCAGCCUUGCCUUUAGCUUGAGUUUGAUGGAGCGGAGUCCCAGGUGGGCACCGUUCUCUGUUCCCAGUUGUUGUGUUUUGAGUUUCCCUCUUGAGGAAGUGUUGUGCAUCACUUGUGGAGUAUUGGGAGGAGAUGUGCCUGAGGUGUCGCUUGGCUCUGCCACUUCCCAGUUCCUCUGGUGCUGAGGAAGGAAAGGGGAGCGGAAACUUUGCUCUCUCCUUUGGUUCUGGCAAAAUGCUCCUGCCUGUAUUUCAGAGGCUGCUGUGACUUUCAGGUUCUUGGAGGGUCUUUGUCAGCAGUUCCUUCCUCCUCCGCCUCACUGUAUCCGCUCUCCCUGUUGACUCAAGGUCCUUUCUGGUCUUGUUUGACUUCAUUUUCUGCUGGGAGGUCACAUUCCUGGCCAAAUGCAGCCCACCUGUGGUGGCAGUUGCUGGGCUGAGACUCCCACCAGCCCUGGCCAGAGAAGAUGAUGGAAGCCCAGCAGUGUCUGGAGGGAUUGCCCACUCAUCCCUGCCUCUGAGCCUGUUCUUUCCCACCUUCUUGCAGAAGAAGAUGGCUUCUUCCCUCGCCUGCCAACUUCUCUGCCCUUUUCAGCUGCUCAAUUGGGUUUUACCUUCACCCAAGUGCAUGGGCAUAGCCAGGAUUUUUGUUCGGGGGGGCAAAACCGAAGUGAUUGGUCAGUUAGUUUAGUAUUUCUAUUGUUUCCUUGAUCUAGGGGGGUAGCUGCCCCCCCGCCCCUCGGCUAGGCCCAAGCCCAGGUGUUGGCUGACUCAUCCAGCUGAGAUCUGAAGCCCUUCCCUUCAUUUUCUUCCCACCUCUUGCUUAAAACAGAAACAGCUGGAUUUACCUUUAUGGAAUAAUCUCAGAUCCUGUAGCACAAGUUAGUAAGAGUUGGGAUGUUCGCUGCGUCACUAGGCUCAGCCACGGCCCACAACCUCUAAGACUUGAGUGCAGCCCAGGAAAGAUGGUGCUCUCUUUCUGCCACGAUGCCUCUGGGCUGCAAAGGCAGAGCCCUCCCCCAUAAGAGUCAUGGAGCUGCUUAUAUUUGGGAAGGUCUUGCUGUUGCACCCCUAAUUCGAAAUGCCUCUUGCAAUGGAAGUGACCCUCCCUUCCCUUCUGCCUGCUCUUUGGAGAACUUUCGAGGCCUAACACCAACUUGCACUUCUGACCAUUGAUAUCCUUGCAUAGUAACUCGGAAGCCCAAUGAGGUCUCAAAAGGAAAGGGGUGAGGGGGCUUGACUGGAAGGCAGUCGGAAAUUGAAGCGGGAGGUGCAUUUGUGAUGCAGCCCAAGUCCAGGAACCUCCUGUGUUGCAGACAAGUUUGGAGCUGGCUGCCACCCUCACCCUCAAGCUGCAGAGAGGAUGUCUGCAGAGACCAGUCAAUGGAACCUGAGCAGCCCAGCAGGCACAAGGGAGCUAUAUUUAUCCCGCCUGGGGUUACCCAGCCACAGCCAGUAAUAAGCGCUGGGGCCUUGGCAUGGCUGCGAAGAAAUCCAGGGCCCCCAGGUUUCUUUUACUGAGGUUUAGAGGCCGCACUGCAGGUCAAGCCUGCCGAGCCUGCGGGAGGGAGAGCCUGUAAGGGGGGUGGCAGCCAGGCAGGGCCCUAGAGAGAGACUGGGCAGUGGGGAGCCUGGACCCUUGUCCGCUCUCUGCUGCUGCUUGUGCAGGAGCUCUUUUCCACAGCAUCUGUCGUUCCCUCCCUCCCUCCCCUCCCCUUGCUGGGAUGGUCCAACAGUUUCCACUUAGGAGAAACAGGAGCUGUGUGACUUCAUCAUGAGCACCUCGGUGUGGAUUGCAGCUCCUCUUGUAUGAAACAAACGAAGCAAGUUUCUAACUUGGGUGCUUCUCCAUGCCCUUCCUCUUCAUAUUCUGAACCGCAGGGAAUGAGUGAAUGUAAAUAGACUUGAUCGUUGCAGGAUUUGGGGUUGGUAAGAACUGCUUUUUGGGUGUGUGCAUGGAACAAACAAAGUCCCCCCCCCCUUUGUCAUUGAUGUACCCAAGCAAGGAAGGUGGGGUCUGUGUGCAAGAAUUGGGGCACUUUCUGGUACUACCUUUGUCUAGCAACCAGAGUAUUUUUGGAGGGUGAGGCCUGUAAGGCAAAAGUCAAGAGAGCUGGACCCUACUAGUGCUAACAGGAUUCUGGGUAGCUGGCAAUGAGAAUGUGUGAACAUCAGCCACUGAUCAAAGCCAGCAGCUGUGACCCUAAAGUCCCAGGAGAACAGGACACAGAAUUUCCGCCAGGCACCUCCUGCUUCCCCAUUCUGCAUGCAUCUCUAUUGCAUGGGGAAGCUACUGGCCGGUGGCAUCCUGGCCAACCAGUGUGCUCCCAGUGUUCUUAUCUACAAGGAAAACUAAACAGGAUCCCCCAGAGUUUCACUUCAAGCAAUGGUUCUGCCAUUGUCCAUCAGCCAGCAGGCUGCAUCUGGUAGAGCUGACUGGCUUUCCAGAGAGGAAAGUGCCAUUCCCUAAACUGCAACUUGCACUGAAAUACAGUAUCCCCCUUUAUUUCUUCUAACUUAUGAGUAUUUUACACUGCUCCCAAGCAAGGGACGUUGCUGGAUUUGGAGGUUCAGCCUGUGGCAGCCACCAAGAGUGCUUUUGGGAGGGUGAGGUCAUCCUUCCAGACAUUUGACCCAUUUUCCUCUAUUCCGGAGUCAGGGAGACAAAGGCUCAGCCUCCUGGAGGAACUGAACUUUGCCCUUUCCUCACGCAAGGAUCAGGUUUGCCUUGUGUCUCUUCCAUCAUCAGCAACUGCUACAGGGCAGAAUCACACAACCCAAGGUCACCACCAGCUUCACUGGAACCUGAGAACACUUCUUUUUAAUUUGUUCUUUAGAAAACAAUAAAAGGUUUCAAAUAUUAUAAGCCAAGGAGACGUAUGUGCCAAUGCAACAAGUGGUACUUUCAACCUUUCUCUUCUACAGCAUGUAAGAGUCUGCUUUUUUUUAGGGACCAUUGCCUCUUCUCCUCUGCCCCCCUCACAAUAGCCGUAGACGUGCAUAUGAUGGGGACAUUCGUUCCUUUCCUGCAGCAAUACUCCAGCUGAGAUAGUCAUGUGGCAUUUCCUUCUUGCAUUGGCUUACAAAUCACCCAGCAGGCCCUUUCCCUGCAUAUUUUCAUUUUAAGAUUGCCCACAGUUAGCACAGAAAAGUGAGCAUCAUAUAAGUAAUCACUAAUAGGUUUUUUUUUUGGGGGGGGGGAGUUGCAUGCUUUCACAAGGUCCCUAAAUUUGCACACACCAUCUACAUCGCAAACCUCUCUGUUUAGUGGAGGAGCUAUGUGACUUCAUUUACUUUUGGAAUAUGAGACCAUUGUGGGAACUUCAUGAAAGGUGUCCUUCAUUGCACUAAUAGGGCCGACUGUUCACUAUUCUACAGAUAUAUCCCCAGUGUCCACUCCUCUUUCUCUCUCUGUAUGUGUCUCUUUCUCCUCCUCUCUCUGCACCUUCUCUUAAAUCUUUCGCCCAAAAUCUCCAGUAUUUAGCAGCCUACAGCAGCAAGGCCAUCAAACAGCUAUUAAAAAGGUGUGGUACCUCUUAAAAGAAUUAAAUCACAGAAUUGUAGAGUUGGAAGGGACCCUGAGGAUCAUGUAGUCCAACCUCCUGCAAUGCAGGAAUAUGCAGCUGUCCUAUGUGGGGAUCAAAUACAGUGGUGCCCCGCAAGACGAAUGCCUCGCAAGACGGAAAACCCGCUAGACGAAGACACUCGCGGAACGGAUUAAUUUCGUCUUGCGAGGCACCACUGUAUCUUGGAUUUCAAAACAACCUCACAUUUUGCCUGUGCCCAGGGGUAAGUCUUGGCGACCUGCCUGCCCCUUUGGAGGCCUAACUGCUCACCAAAGGAUGUGCCAGCAGUGCAGCUGCAGCACAGAGAAGGGGUGUGUAUUGCGUGUGUUCUCUCCUGGCAACUUUCUCCAGGCAAGGAAAACCCCUUUCUUGCUUGGGCAGCCAGCUGGGCAUUGAACCAGGUGUGCAGUCCAUCCACUGUUCAAAGCGGCAGCCAUUCUGGAGGACUGAAGAAAACAGGAGCGAUACCAGGUUUAGAGCUGGGCUAUUUUCAGAGGCUAGGAGGAACCAGGGCGGGAGCCAGGAAUCUUUUCUCUUUGCCAGGCAACAGUGCAGAUCUAUGCUGCUCAAAAGUUUGCACCUUUGAUUCGGGACUUGCGGAAUCCAGCAUUACAUUCCUUGGCCUCCCGCCACUCUGCAUUUGGCCACUAGAGGGUGCGUCUUGGCUGCUGCAGUUUCGCAGAGGUCUGCAGGACCGGGGUCUUCUUUUUAACUUGGGACAUUGCUGAAUGCCCGUGUGUUACGUGUGAAUGCUGAAAGGGAAAGCAAAAGCACGUGCAUCCCAGGCAGGUUUACACUCACUGGUUCACUCUUGUUCUGAACAAGACCAGCUAUUCCCACUCCCUUCGCCUCACAGUAAAGGACCAUGAGGUGCUGAGAGCCAUCUUCAAAUAUCUUGUCCCAUGAAAGACGGAGCAAGCUUGCUUCCUGCUGCUCCAGAGAGGAGGACCCAAAUAGAUGGAUUCAACUUGCAAGGAAGGGCAUUCUGAGUAAAUAUUAGGAAGAGCUUUAUCAGGGGAAGAAGUGUUGGACAAUGGAGUAGAUUCCCUCAGAGGUUGGAUGGCCAUCUGAUAUGGAUGCUUUAGCUGACUUUCCUAAAUUGAAGGGGGUUGGACUAGAUGACCCUUGGGGUCCCUUCUGACUCUACAAGUCUAUGGUUCUAUUGUCUUGGAGAGGGAAAAAGGGGGGCUUGCAAUGGCUGGCUGGUGGGCACCGAGUGCAGAGCAGAGUCCUGUCUCUUCAGUUCUCUGCAAGUGCCUCUGGGGUUGCUCUGUCCUGUUGCCCAAACCAAAACAGAAGGGUAGGAGUCCUGACCCAGAGGCUGAGUAGCUGCAGGCCUUGCCAUGUUGGGACUCCCAACCAGCCAGCAACUCCAGGGGAGGGACCCCUGGGGGUCCUGGUUGCUCCUGGGGUGGCGGCUAGUGUCCAUCUUCUUGCGUGGCAGCUGGCUUCUCAUCAGGGUGGAUGACACUGGCCAAAGUGGCCCAAAGCUCUGGGUUCCAGCACACAUUUCAAGUCAGCCUAAAACUUGCCAGACUUGCAUGGUGACUACUGCAGAGCAAAGCAGAGCUCUCUGCCAGCCAACCAUGCUCCACGUGCCCAGCGGCCUCACCACUUCUCUGCGAUGGGGCUUCCAGCAUUCCCAGGGCUGCAGACAGCAAGCAGGGCCUCUUGCCAGAGGCAGGGUGGGAAGAGGGCCAGAGGUUUGGCUCAGAGCCUGUCAGGUGCUGCGAGUGCCCAGAAGGCAAGGGAUUUCCACCUCCGCAGGCAUGGAGGGAGUGCGGGUUCUCUGAGAAAAUGGAGGACGAGGAGGAAGGGUAACAGCCAGGCCCAGCAGGCAGGAAUCACACAGGGAAGAGCAGACACCACUUUGUGGGGCUGUCAAAACAGCAACAAGGACAGGUGGGAAACUCCCUUUUGCUUCCCCAUCACAGGUGGGCCUUUGACCUUGUGAGGGUGAUGGGCUGACUGCAGAGGGAGCACUGCGCUCAGAUGAAGGACCCCCAAGGACCCUCCCAGGGGCCAGGUUGGCUGCUGGUCCUGACAGGAGGGGAGCAGUGGCCAGAGCAGAGUUAUCCAGAAGCACCACAGAGGGCAGCUGGUGGUUGGGGGAGCAGAGGACCUUCUGGAGGGGCAGUUGCAGGUGGGACAAGAGCUAUGGCCAUCCUGCUCUAUUAUGGGGCAAACGUCACACAUUAUUUCUAGCUUGCUGUGGAGGGCUGGCGUCCUCUUCUCUGCCCUCUUCGUUCAUCGUAGCCCUGCCUUGUGUGGGCAUUAGGUGGGCACCCCGCUUCCUCUCCCGUCACAGCUCUGUUGGGGAUAGUCGGUUACAACGCCUGGAAAAAGUUUGCUCUCUAGGCUGAGCCACUGUUUCAUUAGUUUUUAGGUGUAUGCUGAUAAAGAGGGCCAGGAUAAUGGCAUCGUGUCAGAGAGAGCCCGUGGAGGGCUGUGGCUUGCUCUUGGGGGGUUCUGUUUGGGCAAACCCUGGAGUCAUGUGCCUGCAGCCAAAAUCUUUGCAUGAGGUGUCUAGGUAGCUGCCUGCCGGCUGACAGGACGUCACUCUCUGGUUCACCUGGCUGCUGCUCUGCCUGCUGCCGUUUGGUGGGAUUGGUACGUGUGUCUGAGGCUUGACCCUGGACAUCCUUUGCUUCCUAGGCCACAGAGACAUUUUGUUGCUCGCGACUUCGCCACCCAGAAGGCUCCGUCACCACUUCCUCCUGCAGGGUCCUGGGCUGGAAUCUGCCCUGCCACAGCAGACUCGGCAUUCUUGACAUGCUCUUGACGUGCUCUCGGCGUCCUCGGCUCCCUUAGUGCGGCACGCAUACAGUACUGUCUGGCGUGUCCAAGAGGCAUCCCAGGGUGUCAGCUUACAACAGGCUUGUGCGAUGCGUUGGAGGGGCUCCUGCCCCCACCUGCCACUCACCCACCCAGCCUGCCACCGCCUCUGCCCCUCACCCACAGGGAAAGGAAUGAGGCCUCUCUCCUACAUCCAAAGUCCUGCUGGGCUCCUCUCCAUGGACCUUUCUCUGUGUGUGCGUUUGUGUUGUGGGGGCGACGGAGAGGCAGGGGCAGGAGCCAUGAAGGGAGUUUCUGUGGUUUGUAGCAGCAGCGGCAGCACCCCCCACCCAGUUGCCGGUGGUAUUUUUAGCUGAUGAGGGAGGCUGCUUGGGUGUUAAGCCCAUAACCUUCAGCCCGUUUUGCUGCAGAGCAAACACCCCUUAACUAUCUGCAGGUCAGCAGAAUUCAGCGCUCGAUAUAGUUGGAGGCCUCCAGUUUGGGGCCAGCGAGGGCAAGGAGGGCUCUUUAUAUAAGGCCAUGAAGGUCACAGGAAGUGAGGGGCCAGGAGCUCCCACCUGAGUCCAGCCCCCCAAGGGAGCUCCUCAGGUCUUUUACCAUUGAGGUCUCCACAGGGAACCAACCACUGAGGUUCUGCCCUUUGUUUAGUUCCAAAGCACCCCAGCCCACCUGCCUCUGGGCAAAUGCCCCAAGUCUUUCCAUGUACAGGUCUGAGCCCCAUGGCUCCCCCUGCAAUCAUCCCCACAACCUCUUCCUGGGCAAAGCUUUGGUGGGCGGGGAGGGUGAGGAGGAGAAGGAGGAGGAACCCCAGGCCAAGCAACACUUCCUGGGAAGAACCAUGGACCUAUGAUGGUCAGAGGGCAUCCCUUUCGCAUUUGGGCGCACACUGAAGCAGCCAAGGUCUCUCUAAUAAGCAAAAGCAAAGCACAGCCAAGAUGUUUACACCGUGGUGUUGUGCCUUUUAUAUUCUAAUAUAAGAGAGCCAGGCCUCUCCAAGGCAGGCAGGGAGGCAGCCUUCUGCCUUGGAGGUUUCUGAGCAGAGGUUGGAUGGCCACCUGCCAUGGAUACUUUAGUGGAGAUUCCUGCAUUGCAGGGGGGUGGACUUGGGGUUCCUUCCAACUUUUCCAUUUGAUGAUUUGAUGAUUCCAAAGCCUUUCAAAGAGGCUGGCCAAUGCUUGGGGCCUGGGGCCUUCCCCCAGGGGACAGGGGUGGGUGGCCUUCAGCUACAUACCCUGAACAAAGGAAAAGCUUUGCAUGGGCAAAUGAGACCUGCCCCCUGCCAUCAGGUGUGGAGGGAGAAUUAUCUCUCUAACUUGCUGCUGUUUUCAAUGGAGGUCUGCUGAAUUUCAAGCGUCGAUUUCAGGUCAAUAAGAAAUGGUGGUGGGUGGGAGGCUCAUGGAGAGCACAAGUGACCCCUUCUCUCUCCCCCACACAACUCCUGGGAUACUGGCCAGAUUCACUCACCACUUUCCCUGGCGCAGGGACCCUGACUUGGAGAAGAGGGAAGUAGACCCAGUCAAAGCAGCUGGACAGUUGAGGCCUGUUAUGGAUGGCAUAAGGGCUGUGUUCCGAAUUCGGCUCAUGUUUUCCUGCAAUGGCAACCGAGACACAAGGAAAUGAUUGGCUAACCUGAACUACUGGUUCACACUGCUUACUAGGGAGGCCGCCCCAGUGUCUGGGGGCAACUGCCAUUAGGAGCAUAGGAAACUGCCCUGUACUGACCCACUUUGGUCCACACUGAUUCCCUGGCUGUGGCUCACCAGGAUGUCCACCAGCCCAGCUAGAGAUGCCGGGGAUAGAAACCGGAGCAGGUGACUCCCUUGUUGCACUAGCUCCACUGGCUCCCGGUCUCUUUCCUGGCACAAGCUAACAAGGGUGGUUAUGUGGCUUAAGUCCAGGUUACUUCAAGUAUUAGAUAUCACCCCAGAAUUGGCCCUACUAAACAUCUUCCAAGACAACAAUGCCCAUUUACACCACAAAGAACUCAUAACCCACCUACUUUCAGCAGCCAGAAACACCAUAACCAGACACUGGAGAGACCUGUCAGGAGUAAGCAUGGACCAAUGGUACCAAAUAGUAUGGGAAACAGCCCUACUAGAAAAAUUAACUAAUAAACUGAAACUGACACGGGGACAAACAGAAGAAGACGCCUUCACCCCAGUAUGGCUCCCCUUUAUCACAUACACAGCCCAACAAGACAAUGACAAUAAUCCACCAACAGCAUACAAAUCAAUAUGGCUAACCUGAUCCAAAACACCCGCCCACCUCACUCACACAUGAAAACAAAGAUCACCACAGCCAAUCACACCCUAGGCCAACCCCACCAAAGGAACACAAGUAACGCUGACACCAAACUCUACAGACAUUAAGCAUAAUAGAAACAUCGCCACCCGACCCCACCCCCAUCCAUCUUCCCUCCCUCCCCCCCCCUUUCUUUUUCCUUUCUUUCUUUCUUUUUUCUUUUCUUCUCCCCCUAAUGCCUCAACAAAUGAAAUGGAUUUGUAAAAAUGUUACAUGGAAAAAAAAUACGAGGCAUUACACUUACUUCUGUAAAACAAGAAAAUCCUUAAUAAAAUAUUUUAUUUUAUUUUUAAAAUGACCCUGCCCAGGCUCUGAGAUCUUCAGGAGGGUACUCUUCUCUUAUCCUGCUAACCUCCCAGGCAGACUUGGUGGGGAAGCGGGAGAGGGCCUUCUCGGUGGUAGCUGCUCCCAGUUAACUUUUGAACUCCCUCCCUGGAGAAGCCAGACUGGCUCCCUCAUUGAUGUCCUUCUGUUGGCAGGUGAAGCAACAGGUUUUUGGGAGCUGACUAAGGUUUUUAAAGGAAAGGGCUUUUAAUAGUGCUGUGCUGUUUUUACUAUCUGCAUUUUAAUAGAUUUCAUUUCUAUAUUAUUUUAAUUCUAUUUGAGUUUAAUUACUUUUAACAAUUAUCUUUACAUGUUUUUAGCUUUUUGUAUUUUGUUGGUGCUGUUUUAAUUGGUGUAAGCUGCCUUGAGUCCCGGAUUUGGGGAAAAGGAAUAAUAAUAACACAACAACAACAACAGGGCUCUUCUGUAUUUGGGGUGUGCUCUGUGGAGUGGGAGUGAGAAGGAAGAUGCAAUACCAGUAAAGAAGAACUUUCAUUGCCAGCAUUUGCAUCCAGACAUGUGAAACAUCCCACAAGGCUCGGGAGAUUUUGUGAGUCAGUUCCCGUUUUCAGCUCUGCCUGCGCUGUUUGGAGAGAGCCCUGCCUCUCUCUGAUGUACCCCUGCCAGCAUGUUCAAACAAUAGAGACUGAUCUGGGUUCACACAGAGAGAGGCAGGUGGGUUUGGACUCCUUAACUGUAAACUAGCUACUUUGGAAGGAUCCGUGCCAUCACAUCAAUGCAAACGUGAGGCUGGCAAAGGAGGCAACUGACCCCCAUGGCCUCUGUCUCCUUUUCUGUCCAGCUUUCCUUAGCCCCCAACAGAAGGAAAAGGAGAGCAGGAAACCUCUGGAGCACAGAAGAUGAACUUUGAGAGGAAACACAAAGUGUUUGGUGAUUCCUAGCCUUACUUUGGGAUAUGCUAAAACCUUCAAAAAGUAUUUAAAGGCAGCUGCUUUCUCCCUCCCAAGCUGUUCCUCUCCUUCCUUGGCUUUUCUCCUUCUGUACUUGUAGCCUAGGAAGGCAGGAAGCCCAGCAGAGAGAGAGGGCCAGCCGGCCGGGGCUUAGGCUUGCUCAGGGUUUGCCUGUGUGUAAUCCAAGCUAUAUUCCCUCCAACCAGCAUCAGUUUGCACCCAGUUUAUUGAUAGGAGCAAGAAAAGCAAGCUGGAUUCCAAGCCUGGUAGUUGGGACAGGGUUAAGAAUGUAUUUAUAAAAGCCUCCUCAAAAUGCGCAUCAGUUUCAACAUCCCUUUAAUAGGAAAGGGAACAGCCUGGCUCUGCCUGCGCCUUUAUGCAGAGCCACGUGUGCAAAUCGUGUGCCCCGAGUGAACCACGCAGGCCGUUUUGAGGAGGGAGGCAGGCUGAGCACAGAUCAAACUGACUGACCAUGUUCUGACUAUUUAGAACUGCAAGUCUCUGCCCCGGAUGGCAUAGAAGACUCUGCCACCUUUGCCGAAGGAGGCUUGUUGCCCGGAGACCCAAGCCUGGCAGAGAAGGAGAAGCUGCUCUAUGGAGACUCUGCUGCUGCUGCCACCGCUGCCAUCCCACCUGGGACAGGAAUUCCCUUCCGGCCCUUAGACAGCCAGGAGGAAGCCAGCACAGGUGUGGAAGGAAGCCCUCGUGCUGAUGGCUCCACUGAGGCAGCUGCUGAACUGGACACCAGCUCCUUGGAAGCUGAGGGUCUGAAAGAAAAGGAAGCCCCUGUUGCUGAACCACAGAAUGCCCCCGACAAAGGGCAUGACACGGAUGGGCAAAGGGAAGCACCUGAGCAAUAUCUCACAGUCAACAAGGAGGAUGUUUUGGCUGGAGAGGAGGCUGAAGAGAGUGAGCAGGCCCAGUCAGAGGGAGUUGCCAAAGAUGCUGCCCCAGGGGGAAGUGGGGCCCCCUCCCAGAGCCUCCUUCAGCCCCCUGUCAAGACCAGAGAGGAGCCGUCCUCCACUCAGGAGGACAACAUCACUGCUGACUUGGGCAGUGAAGAUGGAGCUACCUCUGUGGAAAGACACUUUAGUGGUGGCUCCCCUGCAGUGAGCAUCUUGGGGGCACCAGGCAGGGCGCCACAGGAGCCCCACAUGUUAGAGGGGCAAGAAGAGUCUGAGGAAGCAGAGGACACCAGCCCCCGUGAGGAAGAAGCAGAGGAGGAGACAGCGGAUGGUCCUGGGCAGCUUGAUGCAGAGGAGGAGGAGGGAGAAGAAGGGGCUACAGUGGCCAGGGAGGGGGAUACCAGCCUACAAGAAGGAGAAGGUUCUGAUGAAGAUGAGUCUGAGGAAAGAGAAGAUUCUGAGGAAGAUGAGUCUGAGGAAGAAGACAAUUCUGAGGAAGAUGAGGCUGAGGAAGAAGACAAUUCUCAGGAAGAUGCGGCUGAGGAAGAAGACCCUCAGUCACAGGAAGAUGACAGCACAGUGGAAGCCACAGAAGAGGGUGCUACUGCCUUGGCAGGAGAAGAAGCCAUGGCCCAUGGAAUAGGAGGAGAAGAAGAGGGUCCUGCCCCAUCAGAGAGAGAGGGGAGAGCAGAGGAGGGGGAAGAGGGGACUUCCCCAGGGAAAGGCAUGGGUGACGUGGAGCCAGGAGAUCCCAGCCUGACAUCUGACCCUGAGGUUGACACCCACCUCCAGCAUCAAGAGGGAGGCCCCAGUGAAGCAGAAGCAAUGCCCACUCCUCCCAGCAAUGAAGACACCCUCGGUGGUCACGAGGAGGCAUCCUCUGAGCAAGCCCACCCAGCCCCGCCUGCCGCUAGCCCAGCACCUCACAGCAACCCUCCAGCUACUUCCACCGCUGGUCAGUUCACCUGGAGAAGCUCCAGCCCCCUUCGUGCCAUAUUGUAGGGCUAAAUAAAACAGCUCCCAUACACAAUAUUCCCAACAGACCUACCCUGGCUGUCAAGCCACCCCCUUUGCCCCCUACCCCAGGACAGUGAAGGGGUGGGAGUGAGGAGAGAAGCAGCUGCCCAAGAAGCUUCAGAGAAGAGUUUGGGUCGAAAGGCAUUUUGCAUUUUUAAGUGCAGAUCUAAAGAAAGCAAGGGUGGUGGGCCUCUGUCCCUCUAGGUGUUCUCACUGUUUUCUAUGUGCUUCUACAUUUUCUCCCCUUCUGUUGGAUGCAAAAUCUACAGUGCCUUUUUUGCUAGUUUAAAGCCUCAGAUGUGGGGUAGGUUACCAAGUGGUCCUGUAUGGGUUGUGGUCUAGAGGCAACCAGAUCAGCAUUUCUGCAGAAAAUACCGUAUUUUUCCGUGUAUAAAACUAUAUUUCCCUCCAAAAUUUUAAAGUUAAAAAUUGGGGGUCGUCUUAUACAUGGAAUUUUUAUAAUAUUAAUUUCUUAAUUUUGGAAAAAUACAGUAAUACAAAACCUGAACCAACAAAACUAGUUCAAGUUUGCUAUAAUGAUGCAAAAAUCCAAGAUCUCUAUUAUGUCAAAUGGUCUGUGGGGUUUUUUAAUUCAGCAAAGCAGCAACAUGAAUAAUAAUUUUUACAUAACAAUAAUAAUAAAAUGAAACAUGCAAACAAGAUGCUGUCGCUUGGAGGGAGGGGGUUCCUGAACUCAAAGGGGUUUUCUCCAGUGUAUUGACAAAUAAGCCAAAUAAAUUCACCACAUUGAUUUUAAAUCCACACUAUGUUUUCCCCCCAACUGCACAAAGAAAGCCCCCUUUCCCGCCCCCCACAGCUUCGACCAGUAAGGUUCUGAAAAACCCUCUAGAGGCAAUUAAUUGCUGGCAUGACUGUCAGGAGGGGGUGUUCCUUGGAAUAAAUUCCAUGCCAGGAAUGUUCAUCUGAUCACCUGCCAUUGAGGGAGGGGGCAGGAAGCGAGAAGGAGCUUCCCUUUGUUAAUGCUGCUCUUGAACACACAGCUGAUGCCAAAGUGUAACCAGAGCUGUAUCCAGCGGCUAUUUGGGGACCAGAAAAGUCUUCUCUGCAGCUAUCGGCUGCCUUGUGGGGUAGGCUGGGCUCAGCUCCCAGCUGGCACCACAGACCUGCACCGCGGGGCCUAUUCAGUCAGGCCCAGCAAUGAGGCAGGGCUCCAGUGACUCCCGGUCACAUGGGAAGGAAUUGGUUCAGGAGCAGUGGAGGACCUGGGGCAGGCAUUUUGGACCACAGAGGCAUGAUGGGAGGAUGAGACAAAAGGGAAUCUAGUCUGCGGUCACACAACAGGGUGGCAAACAUCGUGGGCUGUUUAUUAACAUGUGACAGGCUGCAUUAUUAUACUUCAUGAAAGUUAUAUUCCACCCAGCAUCUGAAAAUUAUGGAUGCUGCCAGUUGUCUGACCAUGUGGCCAAACACACUUUGUCAGGGUGGCAACAGGAAGGACCCCUUCAAGAAGCCUCUCACUGUCUGGGGGAGCAGCUGGACCUCCUGCCCCUCUUGAGGUGGAGUGUGAAUUGCAUCAGAGAAAGUGAAUGGGCUUCCUGCCAUGUAGCUGUAUUUUUCUUCAUAUGUAUAUAGCUUUUUCAUAAUACAUUACAAUAAAAAACAAGCCAAUCUAAAUGAAAACACAAGCAUAAAAAAAAAGAAAGUACAAAGUCCUUCCCCAAAAGUAGAGCUUAACCCAGUGCUAUUUUUCUAGAAAAAGAGGUGCCAAAACUCACCAUGAACUCCUCCUUUGUUCUCUUAUAAUGUUAAUGGUGCCCACCUGAGAGGUGCUAGAAUUGAGUUCCAGUGAGUUCCAGCCGGGAAAAAGCCCCGGCUUAACUCUUAUCUUUCACAGGAAGGGGUGGACCCUCCCAGUUCUUACCUGGGAGCAUCCCUUUCUUCUGCAGUCUCCCACCCUGGGAGAUCUUCCCUUCUCUGAUUGCUAUCACCUUCAUGUAUGUGUAAUCCCAAUAGUGGCCCAGAGUAGAGGACACACACACACACACAGAGAGAGAGAGAGAGAGAGAGAGAAGGGAAAUAAAAUAAUAAUAGAAAAUAAUAAUAGACUAGAAUCAUAAUAAUAAAAAGAAGAAAAAAGUACUAAAAAGGAUAUCCAGCUGUUCUUCCUUCUGCAGCUAAGCAAUGUUUUCCCAGACUUCAGACCCAAAUGUCUCAAAUUCAUUCAUUUUCCUUUCCACACAAAAAGUCUAAAAGUAGAUCUCUAAUUAAUUGUCUUUGUUUACACAAGAGUCUCUCCACUGUGGUCAUAUGUUAAAAUAAUAUUUUUUGGUUAUUUACUUAUUGUAUAUUCAUUAAUUUACACCCAGUUCCGUAUCUUCUAAUUCUAUUUGCUGUUAUUUUCCAUCCCAAAACAAAAACAAAAACCUUCCAUUUCCACUUCUUUCAUUCUUUUUCCAAGAGAAGAGCCAGAGGCUUGGCAGCUUUUUACUCUGAAUUCACUCCAAAUUGUGCACAGAAUCAUCAUUUCUCUCUCAAUUCUGUCUCUGCCAGCUCAGGAUGUUUCUUGAUCUCUUCAUCCAUGGCUUCAUUCCACUCCUCCAACAUCAUAACUUUGCCAUUUGGCUGUUUCAUUCCUCUAGACACCUGUGUGAAGGAUUUAUCCAUUUCAUAAUCUGCUGCCUCCAACUUUACCAUUUCCCUCUCCUGUUCUGGCAAUCCUUUUAUCAAAAUCAUUGUCCAAAGCUUCUGUGUCUUCUUUAAUUCCAUUUUCCAUGUCAUCCUUCUCUGGUCCAUUUUCAUUCACCGUUUCAACAAUCUCAGCACUGAUCUCUUUUAAUUGCUCAUCCAGUAAUUGUUGUAAGAUGCCAACAGUCAACAGAGUUGAUGCAUUGCGAUCCUGAAUAUUCUUGGUCUUCUUAAUAGCUCAAUCUUCACCUUAAGAUCUUCACUGUCUCUACCUUAAGGGCUUCAGUCUCCCAUCUUCACAGCAUUCCUUAUUGAGCCACAUUCUUUUCCCACAGUGGCAUAGAAAAUUUAUUUUUAAUUUGAAGUCAGCACUUUCAUUGAGAAAAUAAGGGACAUGCUUAGAAGUGCAGCCCAGAUGCUAAGUGUUAGGUGGGAGGCCUGCUAUGCCGUCUUCUGAAAUUCCCUGUUAGGCUCUCAAGUGAUGAAGUUAUUUUGCAUUUUAUAAUAUAAAACCUCAAUCGACAGGAGUGUCGUCUCUGUUCCAGUGUAUCAACAAGUUCAUUUGGAAAGGCCCCGAAAGUGUUGCAUGGCAUACUGUCAGAGGUUAUUCCUGUCAUGAGAGACCCCCUCGCCUUGCCCAUCAUUGUGAAGUCAGGAUGCAGCAGCAUCUAAAUUUAGAAGAUUGCCCUCCGGCAGCUGCCAGCCCCUUAGCUCCACUUGGGAGGCAGGGUUGGGGGUGGGGAAGGAAUGCCUGCGCAAGGGAAACCUCACUGCGUGCCAAAGGCCUGGAUGAGCACCAUGGAAAGCCUCUUCCUUUCCCCUUUGGGAGCUGGGACUGAGCCCUCCUCCUCCUGGAUACCUUCCCUGCAGGCCGUGAUUCUGUCUCUGCUCUUUCUGCAGAAGAGGCGGAGGAUGCCGGGGAGUCUGCCAGGAGGGACCGCACCCACAUUGAAAGCACCUUGAAGCUGAAGGAAGAGAAGCCUGCAGAUGACUAUUCAGGUAGCAGUGGAAGGGGACAGGUUGGUGGUGGGGAGGGGGAGGAUGCAAAGAUGUGCUGGGAGAGAUGGGCGCACACCCUGUGUGUGGCCCAUCUGCAAAGUAGCCCAUACUGCCUGACAGGGCCCCAAGCUCUUUCUCCAGAGAGGGCCCUGAGGCCCAGUCCAUUCUGUUUUCCUACAGCACCCUCUCACAUUGCAUAGGACCACAUAUCUGUGCCUCCAGGAUCUCAUCACUGACCAUCAGACGUCUGCUUCCCCUGAGCCUUAUUCCUGGGCUUGCUCCCUACUCAGAAGCUCUUUUAGCAUUACCAGCUCUCAAACAUUCCCUCUUCCAGCUUCUUGAAGGGGCCUGAGACCUCUUCUAGUGUCCUCUGGAAGAAGGACUAGCAGGCCAUAGCAAGGAAUGAUGAUACAGACGCACUUAGGAGGCUGCCUUCUACUGAGUCAGGCACUGUGGUCCAUCAGGCUCCAUAAUGUCAUCUCGGACAGGCAGCAGCUCUCAAGUUUUUCCGAUGAGGGGACAGAAGGAUCACUUUAGGUUCUCUUGAUUUUUCAUUUUUCCAGUCAUUAUUUUGGUUCUCUGCACUUUGCAGGAAUUUUUGAAUUAAAUGUUUGAAUUAGAAUUUGUCAGAUUUUUAGUACGAAUUUAUCCCAAUGUACCCAUUUUUGUAUGCAGUUUUGACUACCAUGCACCUUUUUGCAAGCAGCCUCUCCUAAUAUAUGCUUUUGUGUGUGUCCUUUUUCACUAAUAUCUACAUCUUCAUACACACUUUCCCCAUAUAUAAUGCAUUUUUGUAAACAUUGCUUGAUUGGAGAACCUCAUCAAAAAAUUCAGGUAAGUGCAAAUUUUGAAGGACAGCUGUGUUUCGGUUUGCACAUGGUUUCGGAAAGUGCUUAUCUAAUAGACCUGCUUUUAAAUGCAAACUGAAACAAAUUUAUCUUCCAUUCCUAACCUGGAUAUAGCAGGGACUGAACCUUCACAGUCUUCCACAACAACCCUUCUCCAAGUGCACAAACACAGAAACACACACACACACACACACACACGGAAUAAACUGAUUGAUUUGCCUCCUUCUGGCAGGUGCAGGAGAGUGGGAGCUGGUGGCCCUCCAUUCAUGGUUUCUCUGGCUCUCCUGCCCUUGCUCCUCCUCACCACUGGGUGUCCUCCUCUGAAAGGGAAACCCCAUUUUCAGAGCCCCCCUGGCUGGAUCAGCAGUGCCAUCCCCAUCAGAGGAGCAGGGGAAGGAGCCCUGGGCUGGAGGCUCCCCUUUAAACCCCACGGCAUGAUGUGGGUCAGCUUUUCUUUCUGAGGCUGGAGCAUCUUGCAAGCAUGGAUUGCAGAGAUCAGAUUCCUUGGAGCCAUGUACCCAGCCUCCCAAAGAGGAACCCAAAACUGGUGAGCCACAGAGGCGUCGGUGUGUUCUCUUGUUUCUCCGAAGAUGAAUGCCAGAUGCUCCUCUGCAGAGUGAGGAAACUGCCCCAUAGGAUCUGGGAAGCCCCUGGAGGGAGGGCAAAGGAGGUGGAGAUAGGGGAAGAAGAGCAAAGGUGUUGCCAAGUGGCAUCGCUUGUUCCUCCUGCCAGAAGAACCAUCCCAACAGCCCUGCACACCAAAAGGAGCAGCCUCUUCCUAUUUCAAGAAAACAUAAAAUCCUCUCACACCUUCUUUGCAAUGUUGUUGGUAAAACAUGCGUGUGUAACAGGGGAAAGGCCAACUGGGAGAGCCGCCUGCCUCAUAUGCCUGCACAUUUAGCUUCCGACUGCCACUGGCCACUUCACUGACCUGGCACUGGGUGCAAGGGGUUGUGGUGGUGGACAGGCCGGUCUGGUUUCUGCUUUGAUAUGUUCCUCUUGGCCUCUUCUCUCAUUGCAGGCACACUGCAGCGGCUGAGGAAGAUCUACCACACUUCUAUCAAGCCCUUGGAGCAGUCUUACAAGUAUAAUGAACUACGGCAGCAUGAAAUCACAGGUGAGGGUUGUGUUUGGGGCACCACUUUUAUGUUUUGAUGGGCUGCCAUGUUUCAUGGCCAAUCUUGUGAGGUAGGAGGGAAGUGGAGAGGCAGAACAUUCAGCCCAAUGGGGUCUCAUCUUGCACUGCAGCAUUUUAGAAGGCCCUGGUGCUGCUGGAAUCAAAAGUAGAAACUUACUAGCAGGACCUACAACAAAAUGUUGCAGUGUGGAAUGCUCCUGUUCUGGAUAUGCCCUCUUUCUGGAUACGUCAUUCUAUUCUCCCUUCCACAGCAUUCUGUAACCACUGAGCACCUUCUCAGUAGGGUGUUCCCCCCACCAUUUAGUGUCCGUUCCCCCUAAAAUUCCUUCCUCCUUCCGCCAGCCUCGGGUUUCUCCAGGACAGCCGAUACACCCCUGGUCUGUGGACUGUGCUGGUCUUUCCAUUCUCAAUGUACUUUAAGCCCAUGUGAAAAAGGCUAAGGAGAGCAGAUGCCCUUUCAAAAUCUCCUUUCUUGUAACCCGGACCAGCGGAUUCAAGUUACAAGAACAGAUAUUUCAGCUAAACACUAGGAAGAACUUUCUGGCAGUAGAACAGACUCCCUGGGAAGGUGGGAUCUCCUUCCUUGAAGGCUUUUAAGCAGAGGUUGGGUGACCAUCUGCCAGGGAUACUUUAGUUGUGAUUCUUGCAUUGUGAGAGGUUGGAUUAGAGGUUGGGGGUACCCUCCAACUCUACAAUUCUAUGAUUCUGUGAAAUCCAUCAGACUGCAGAGGGGCUGAGUAUGCAAAGAAGCCCCUAGCUGAUGAUCCUCCCAACAAAAUUGGGGUGUGAUUUGCAUGUUAAUCCCUGUGGAAAAGAGGUCUUUGAUGCAUGAGCUCCUUCUUGUGUUACUGUGUGGAUCAUGAAUCAUGAUUCCAGCCUCUUUCAUAGGGCGGGGGGAAAGAUCCGUUGGCGCUGCAUCCUUCCUCAGAGAAUGCCAAUGCCCAUCUUCAGUUCUUGAUUGAUACCAGCCUAACCAAGCGUCCCUUUUCCUUGAGCCUUUCCCUGCUCACGUUGCCUUUUCUCUCCCCCUGGCCCUGUCCUCUCCCGCCUAACAGCUUACCCUGGACGCACCUUGGGCUCCUCAGCCACAGGUGGGUAUGGCUUCCUGUCACUUGCAUGUGAGCACGGCUCCCCUCAGGCAGCCUCUCUCUGCUGAGCAAGGAAGUGUCACAAGACAUCUCCCCCACCUCCUUGCUGCGCCUAGCAGCCCCUCUUGCUGGACCAGAAGGAAAACGUACCCCUCGUGCCUCUUUGGUUGCCUAAGUUGGCUUCUGCACCAUCACCAGUAGACCACCUACGUGCCUGGCUGAGCUAAACAGGCUAUUGUUAAAUAACAAACAACAGCAGCAGCAACAACAACUUAUUACUAUCAUUAAAUCUGCACGUACAGAAACAAACCAAGUAAAUACCAAUGCAAACUUAAUAUGAAAUAUACAUACUUUUGUUUAGACAGAAAAGGGAGAGAGAGAUACAAGGGGAGAUGGAAAGGAGUACACAAUGUUAUCACAGUGUUUCUAGUGAUAUUUGUGGCUCAGCAUCCUCCUGUAUUUUGUUGCACCAAUGCAUAAUGAAAGGGCUCUCUCUCUCUCUAUAUAUAUAUCCACUUGCCUGCCUUCCCUCUUACAAGGUCCAUCAACUUUACAAUUAAAACAUUCUUUUGUAAUCCAAUCAUUAAGUGUCUGUGGGGUGGGUGUGUUUAUUUUUCGCCAAUGAUACCUAAUUGUCAGAUCAGAAAUAUGUUACUAUUUCUCUAUGACAUGAUCUCUUUUAUAUCCCAGAAGUCUCCUGUAAUGCUCUCAAUGCUGCUUAAUACAACUGCCCAGAAGGAUUUUAUCCUCCAGCAUGGCCAAAAUAUGUGUGUAAGAGCAGCAUGUGCAGCUUUACAUCUCCAGCACAUGUAGACUUGAUUUAGUCUAUCCAGAGUAAGAUACCAACUGAAAAUGUUCAUUUAAAACAUCUUAAUGUAACUGAAGGGCCCUGCCAUGGCCACAGCAGGGGCCUGGGCAACCCUGGAGAGGAUUCGCAUGGCUAAGAGUUCCCUUCUGCUUGGACUGCUCCUGCUUUUGGAGACUGUGGGGGUGAUGGCAGGUGAGCAGCUUGUGUGUGCACUGUGAUGCCUCACCCUACCCACUCUGUGUAGGUUGUGAUGCCUUCAUCCCUGGCUUGCACUGAUUGCCCCAAGGAAUGGCUGCUUAGGCUGGGCAAUGUUCCUGUGAGCUUGGGGGCAUGGGUCCAGGUAGUUAUUUAAGAGGUGACUGGAAAAUUUUCAAGGACACACCUGAGCUUUUCCUGCUUAAGGAGGGGGAAAAAAUUACCCUGUGGUAUUAUUGCUUUCCCCUUGCAGAUGGAGAGAUCACUUCCAAGCCGAUGGUGCUAUUCCUGGGACCAUGGAGUGUUGGCAAAUCCACCAUGAUAAACUACCUCCUGGGGCUGGAUAACACUCCCUACCAGCUCUACACAGGUAACAUCUCUGAAGUCUUAGGCACCUGUAUAACCUGCCCCUUUCUGCUAGGGAUGGAAGGAGCUGUUCCAAUUCAGUUCUCUCAUUUUCUAAUUUUCUCAAUCUUGAAUCCAGUUCUCUACAUUUUGCAGCAAUAUGGGAAUUUCUUCUUGAAAAUUCAUCAGCAUUUUAAUGCAAAUUUCUCCUAAUUAACACAUUUUAUAUGCAGUUUUGACAAAUGUUCACAUUUUUACAAGCAAUUUCCCCUGCUCUAAUGCAUUUUUGUAUGUCAUUUUCACUAAAGUUGUCUUUGUUAUGCACUUUCUCAUAUAUAACAUGUUCUUAUAGACAUAAUUUGGUUGGAGAGGUGAAUCACAAAACUUGGAUAAGUGCACAUUUCAAAGGAUAGCUGUGUUUGUUAUCAUAUUGUUUCGUAAAGUGUGAAUUUGAUAGAUUUGGCUUUAAAUAUGUACUGAAUUGGAUUUCUCCUCCACCCUACAGCAUAGGGGUUGUUAAAAUCUCUGUAGUUAGUGUCAGAACAGACCUUUUUGUGGUCAGGGUCCAGCAAAGUGAGCUCCCUGGUGUGGCCAGGCCUCAUAUGCAGAAAAAAGUCUCUGUCUUGGCCAAGCCAGGUAUGAGAGAGAGAGAGAGAGAGAGAGAAGAAGAAGAAGAAGAAGAAGAAGAAGCAACAGUUUCUGCUAGCUGUGCUUCAAGCUCCAGCUUUUCCAGCUCAGCCCCAUUGCCUCUCUGGAGUGCACCCUGCUUAGCAGGUCAGGCUAGGCCAGGAGACUCCCCAUCGGGCUGGCUUCCCUCCUCAGGUGGUUGCCUGACUGCAAGAACCACAGUUGGCAAGCACAAGGGACUUGCAAUUUUCUGCCUUCCCUGCAUGGAGCCAAUUAGUUUGAGCAGGAGUGACCUUUUCAGUGUUCUCUCCUCCCCACCUCCUACCACCCUCUGGGGCUUCCUUUCUCUCUGAUUCCCAAUGAGCAAAGCUUUCUAUUUAAAUGAAAUUUCUAAGCAAGAUGAAACAAGCUCUGCAGUUUGGGGGUUCCUUUUCUGCAUAAGAUGCUGAACAGCUUGGACCCGGUGGCAAAAUGCUUCUAAGCAUAGCUCUAGAAACUGCAGCAAAAAUGUGGUCUCCAGUGUGGAGUCGGUUGCCUGAGCUGUACUAUCUUCCUUUGUGUCAGCAGAAUGAGUGGUAGUGUUAUAGCUACCCAGGUUUCUGCAAAACAGAGCAGGGAAUUGCCCUCUUCCUUGAGUGUGGUAGAAGUUGGGAUAAUGAAUGCUGAUUUGAUAAUCAUUUAACAUCUUCAAGAAGCUAUUUGUUUUAAGCCAUCGGGGAUGUAUUCUGAAGUUACAGUCAUCAGCCAGGAGCAAGGGAUGAAACCAUUUGUCUGCUUAGUGUAAGCACUGCUAAGAGAAUCAUAGAAUCAUAGAAUCAUAGAGUUGGAAGAGACCACAAGGGCCAUCGAGUCCAACCCCCUGCCAAGCAGGAAACACCAUCAGAGCACUCCUGACAUAUGGUUGUCAAGCCUCUGCUUAAAGACCUCCAAAGAAGGAGACUCCACCACACUCCUUGGCAGCAAAUUCCACUGUUGUUGUUUUUUUAAAGCGUUUAUUAAUUUUCCAAUAAAAACAUCCAAUUAACAUAUCAAAUCAGAUCUAAUAAAAAUAAAAAACUAAAAUAAAAAAGGUCCAAUUGUCUUCCAAAUUGUAAUAAUUUUGUUUUGACUUCCCACGGUCUGAAUUUCGAAGCGCAUUCAACAUCAUAGUCCUGCCUCUCAUCAUCCUCAAUGUUAUUCAUAAUUCCAUGUCCGAUUUUUCCCUUCCACAUUUUGACUCUGGUUCUACGAUCCUCAUUCAUGUCAGAAAACCGAUACUUUUUUUUUCCUAUGGAGUGCAGAUUUGUCCAUUUAUUGUACUCCUUCAUCGCACUGUUUUUUCAUCACACCGCUUCAUUUAAUUGCAUCCAAUUUCAAAGUUCUGUCCAGCUCUUUGAGAGUUGUUAUUUUGGCAGCUCCCAGAUCGUUAAUCUUUCCCAUCCAGGUGUUAUCAAAGAAACAGAGAGAAAUUUCCUUCUGUACCCUCCUUGUUGAUUUAUCUUAAACAGACUGUUUGCAAUGUAGCCAUAUAUCAGACAGUUAGCAAUUGGCCUUUGGAAUCUUCCCAGUCCCCCCCUCUGGGCCCUAGAGGGGGGCUGCCAGACAUCCAUUUUGCCCUCUCUCUCGCUCGUAAUCAAAAAAACAUCUUUUUGCAAACAGUUGUAUAUGUAAUAUUGUUUCCAGUCUUUAUAACCAACCAUCCGUUAGCUCCUGUUUCUCUUAAGCAGGGAGGUAUUUCAGAUAUUCAAUAAAGACGUGGUGGGAGACGCCAUUUUGUCCUUUGUCCUUUGUUUUUGUCUUUAACAGACAUUUCCGGUCUUAGAAGAGAAGUGGCUGCGAGUAGAUCCCAAUUAUAUAUGAAAGUCCAUCUGAACUCACUUUUUGAAGAGCAAUUUAAGUUCUUAAUGAGACUUGGCAUGCAUUACGGAUUGUUAAUGUUAAGGAUAAAAGAAUGUUUUUUUUUUACAUACCAAGCCCCUCCACAUUCCAAACGUCAUGAUGAGGAUCUCUUUGAAGUUCGAUCUUUUGCACCAGAGACUGUACAUACUGCAGGUUUUUUCCAGCUUCUUCAAUUCAGAGCGUGUCUGUUUGUUUUCCAAAUCUUUAUAUUUUCCCAAACAGAUGCGUCCGGCUAUGGGGUGGCGUCGCAGGAGUGUCAGCCGUCCCUAGCUCCGUGACCCAGUGCCCCUGCCGUCUGCCACAUCAACAAUCUGGGGCAGACCGCGGGUCGUUGAGACAGUCCUCCCCUGCCCUGGGGAGGCUGCCAGGGCUAAUUACCCCCAUAUCAGCCCUGAAUUAUCGGAACGGCUGAAGUCCGAUUGUGUGGGAUCAGCCAUUUUCCACUGCCGGAAACAGGAAGUCAGCAAAUUCCACUGUUGAACAGCUCUUACUGUCAGGAAGUUCUUCCUAAUGUUUAGGUGGAAUCUUCUUUCUUGUAGUUUGGAUCCAUUGCUCCGUGUCCGCUUCUCUGGAGCAGCAAAAAACAACCUUUCUCCCUCCUCUAUGUGACAUCCUUUUAUAUAAUGGAACAUGGCUAUCAUAUCACCCCUUAACCUCCUCUUCUCCAGGCUAAACAUGCCCAGCUCCCUUAGCCGUUCCUCAUAAGGCAUCGUUUCCAGGCCUUUGACCAUUUUGGUUGCCCUCCUCUGGACACGUUCCAGUUUGUCAGUGUCCUUCUUGAACUGUGGUGCCCAGAACUGGACACAGUACUCCAGGUGAGGUCUGACCAGAGCAGAAUACAGUGGCACUAUUACUUCCCUUGAUCUAGAUGCUAUACUCCUAUUGAUGCAGCCCAGAAUUGCAUUGGCUUUUUAGCUGCCGCAUCACACUGUUGGCUCAUGUCAAGUUUGUGGUCAACCAAGACUCCUAGAUCCUUUUCACAUGUACUGCUCUCAAGCCAGGUGUCACCCAUCUUGUAUUUGUGCCUCUCAUUUUUUUUGCCCAAGUGCAAUACUUUACAUUUCUCCCUGUUAAAAUUCAUCUUGUUUGUUUUGGCCCAGUUCUCUAAUCUGUCAAGGUCGUUUUGAAGUGUCAGGCUCGUUUUGAAGUGUGAUCCUGUUUUGAAGUGUCAGGCUCGUUUUGAAGUGUGAUCCUGUUUUGGAAGGGACAAUAGGAUUGUUUUCCUCUGUUGUGAACCUGUUGGGCUUUGAGGGAGCUGAGAUUUUAACUGUUUUUUUGCCAGAUGUGUGAGUGUGGCCUUUGUUUUGCUUUCUCCUUGAACAGGAGCUGAACCCACCACCUCAGAGUUCACCGUCAUCAUGCAUGGCCCCAAGCUCAAGACCAUUGAAGGCAUUGUGAUGGCUGCGGACAGCACACGCUCUUUCUCACCUCUUGAGAAAUUUGGUCAGAACUUUCUGGAGAAGCUGAUAGGGAUUGAGGUCCCUCAUAAGCUCUUGGAAAGGGUUACCUUUGUGGAUACACCGGGGAUCAUUGAAAACCGGAAGCAGCAGGAACGAGGUAAAGCCCUACUAUGCCUUAAUGUUCAGAGGGUCUUGAGGUGUUUCGAUUUGAGAUUUUGGUCAACCACAAAAUUCAUAUAGCAUUGUCAAUAGUCAAAUGAGAUAUCAAUAUUUUUCACAUUUUUAGCAUUUGCUGCAAUAUGUACUGUACAUAUUGUUUGACUUCACUGUUUGGCCAAGCUUUUGAAUUGCAUCCCUUCCCUUUUGAACUUUGCUUUCUCCAUUGCGCUCUAACUAUCCACUCAAGGGAUAACAGCAAAUAGGAUGGGGUUCUUCAUGCAGGGCAGCUAUACCUGCAGUCUUCCAGAUGUUUCUGGACUACAGCUCCCAUCAUCCCUGACCACUGGUCACCCCAAGUGCUGCAGUUGGUGGGAGCUGCAGCCCAGGAACAUCCCUGCCUUAUGAAGCAUGGGUUUCCAAAGAUGUAUCACUAAGGGUUCGGGGCAAUCAUUGUCAUGUGCCAGAUGUCAGAAAGUUCCUGGGCUCUAAUUUGAUGUUCCUCUUCCCCUCCUCUUACAGGCUACCCUUUCAAUGACGUCUGCCAGUGGUUCAUUGACAGAGCUGACCUCAUCUUUGUAGUUUUUGACCCCACAAAGCUGGAUGUGGGGCUAGAGCUGGAGAUGCUUUUCCGCCAGCUAAAGGGACGGGAAUCUCAGAUUAGGAUAAUUCUGAACAAAGCUGACAGCCUGGCUACGCAAGAGCUCAUGCGAGUCUACGGAGCCUUGUUCUGGAGCCUGGCUCCACUGAUCAACGUCACUGAGCCCCCCAGAGUCUAUGUCAGCUCCUUCUGGCCCCUGGAUUACGAGCCUGACACCCACAGAGAACUCUUCUUGAAAGAGGAGAUUUCACUCCUAGAAGACCUGAACCAAGUGAUUGAAAACAGGCUGGAGAACAAGAUUGCUUUUAUCCGCCAACAUGCCAUCCGCGUCCGCAUCCAUGCACUCUUAGUUGAUCGCUACUUGCAGACCUACAAGGACAAAAUGACCUUCUUCAGCGAUGGAGAGCUCGUGUUCAAGGACAUUGUGGAGGAUCCAGACAAGUUUUACAUCUUUAAAACAAUCCUGGCCAAGACCAAUGUCAGCAAGUUCGACCUCCCUAAUCGUGAAGCUUACAAGGACUUCUUUGGGAUCAACCCUAUCAACUCCUUUAAGCUUCUUGCUCAGCAGUGUUCCUACAUGGGAGGCUGUUUCCUGGAGAAGAUUGAGAGGGCUAUAACCCAUGAGCUGCCAGAGCUCUUGGGGAGUAUUGGCCUGGGGAAGAAACCCAGCGUCCUCUCCUGCGACACAACUGGCUGUGGCGAGACUCCAAAGAACCGUUACAAGAAACAUUAGUAAUCUAUUCAGUGUAACCACUCCUGUGUUCCUGUUGGUGAAUGAGCUUAUGUCUUAUCUGUCCAAGAAGCCAAGGUCUGUUAACCCUUUGAGUGCCACACCGGCAAGAGCUAAUAUGCAAUGAGGACUUGGAGUCACUGGCAUCAGUGGCAGGGAAGUUGGGUGAGCCUACAGAAGAGAAUAAAACACUGUGAAUUCCUGAUUUUUAUUAUCUAACCUGUUAUUCUAAGUAGGAGGCCAUGUAUCGAGCUGAAAGUCCAAUGGAGGGGCCAUUUCUUCUGAGGCAGUCAUAGGCCCUUGCAUGUACUGAGCAAGCUGGGAGGAGGAAGGAUGGAUGGAUGAGAGUACUGAGGGCGAAAAGAGGCUGGUCUCCUGACAUUAGGAGAAGCACAGGCAUGGCCCUCCCUUGCACGCAAUCUGUAGGUAGUUUUUCCAGCUCCCUCUGCUGCACUUGGGAUUGAGGACCACAGAAUUCAUCGCCGCAUGUAUAACCAGCAUUCUGUUUGAGACUCACAGCAGGCCACCAUCUCUAACUCUUCAUCAGCAAGCCCCACUUCAGCUGCAUCUGAGCAUUCCCCCUGUAGUGCGUUCAGUGCCCCUACUGCCCCAUAACUGAAAGAUUACAGACUGCUGUUCCUCUGGAUUCUGCCUGGUCCGAAAGAAGGCAGCUCCCUACUGUCUUGGAAACCUGGUUCAGAAACAGAAAUCCUCCAGCACACAUCAGAAUCCAAGUGGCUCCUGCAGAGGCCAUUUGAAACCUGGCCUUUGGGGAGUCUCGUUUGCAGUGGAGGCUACUUUGUAUGUGUGUACAUGGACACAGAAACCUGCUGCUACAAGCAUAAAAUUGUGAGUCUUAGCACUUCACUCGCUAGGACUUGGCAUGGUGAUGGGGCUGGUAUCUGAGACUCAGGAUUGCCAGGCAUCUCCUGCCCCUUUAAUGUCCUCUUGCUGCUGCUGCUGCUGCUGCUGCUGCCGCCGCCGCCCUUGCCCUUCCAGGUUUUUCACUGUGGGUUAAAAAAUGGCUAGUCUUUGCCUAUCUUUUCUCUUUUAUAGCUUCCCAGUUGUUCAUUUGCCUCCCUGCACCUCAACAUCAAAUUUUUGUGGUUAGCUGCAAAUGGUUAUUUCUUAAGUUAGAACAAAGCUCAGCUUUCUUGUAUGUGAAAUAGGAGAAGCAGUCCUUUAGGUAGCACAGCUGAUGGCAGUGCUGAGUGCAAACUGGAGACAUGAGGUUAGUGAGUGGUAAGCAGAGAUGUCCAGGCCUUACACCCUGAAGAUAAUAUUCUCUGAGUGUGAAGGGGGCCUGCAGCAAUUAUGACAUCCAGCCAGUUAUCAGCAUUGAGAUAACAUGCUGGCAUGCUUUAUUAAUCUUGCAAGGGAGGUUCAAGAAAGGUAUAAUUAAGCAACCUGAGAAAGACAGAAGUGAAGAAGAAAAGGUGAAGCAGAUGAAGGUAGCAUGAUGGAUUGGUUUACUUGCUUUCCCACCAAAUAAAGUAUUUGAAAAUUGAAAGUUUUGAGGAAAUGGACAGCAGGUGAAAAUGCAGCUCAGCACCAGAUAAUAGCUAGGGAAAGAGUCAGCGCAGAGCAAAGCCCCCCACCCCACAAUAUCUCGGAGUUGCUGCUGCUGCAACCUCCUCCUCCAUUCUUCUCUUGUAUGUUAGCUUCCUAUCCUUCUCAUAUCACCAACUGCUUCCCACCCUGCAGUGCUUUUUCCCAAUCAGAUGCUCUGUUCUUGUAAAUGGUCCUGCAUCUGACUCUACAACUGGUGGAACAGAAAAAAAGAAGUGUGCUGCAACUGGCUCCGCAAAGUGAAAUUGCCUUGUUCUCUGAGGAAGCAGUGACCCCAACAGAUGGGCACCACCGCCUCCAUUGCUUUUCCUGUCCUCACAUGUUGUGUUUCCCCUCUUCUCCUCUUCUGCCACUUGACUUUCUUGUUUUCAUUCAUCUUUCUUGCCCCCUUUCUUCUUAUGCAUCAAUAUAUUACAGGUCAUGUCCAAUGAGACAAGGUUGUUUUCUGCAAGAUGCGCUUAGCAACUUGUUCAGCGUGGGGUGCAAGUCUGAAGUGACAAAUUGGAUGCAUUGGCCACCCCCAUGGUCUGUAACCCACAGGCACAGGUGUCUUGUCCGCUGGCAUGACUUUGAGGGCUGCUGAGGGGCAGUAGGAUCUGGGAUGACACCAAAACCUAACACAGCAGAAAUUGCAAUUCAGUGGUAGUGCUGAAAGAAAAGGGAAUCAAGGUGUGCAGCUGUCUGCUGCUUGCUGGAAUGAGAUGCUGGGAGGUGGGGAGAAACGCUGAGCGACAAUCUUGCUGACCUGUGCUGAAAGGUGGCGAUUCAGCCCAAUGCACUGAAUAAAACCUCCUGGUCCCUUGGGACUGCAACAUCCCAGGGCUGCCCAGGUCCCGCCUUGCCCUCCUUCCCUUCCCCCACCCUCAAAUCUACACUCAGGGUCUCUUUUGAGUAGUGCCCACUUCACAAUAACAUGUUCUGUUGGCACCUGACAAUCACGUGGUAUUUCAAGAACAGUGGAAACUCCAGCACCGAAAACUAAGUAGGUGAUUUCUCUGGGGGAAUUUUAGCCAUUGACAGCAUGGCUGAAAUAGUUUGGCAUCCACCUAAACUGGCGCUGUCUGAGGAUCAGCCAGAACAGAUGGUUCCUAGCAUUACCAGUCUGUCUCUUCUCAGUCUUGAGAAUAUGCAACUUUGUGGGCCACUGAUUGGGGGGGGCGGGGGAGCCAGUGGACUUCUCCAUUUGGUUAAAUUACCAAAACCAAAUCAAAUCCACUGUUGUGUGCUUCUUUUGAACAGGAAUUUGGACAGAUACAUUUAAAGGAAUUACAUAGCUGUAAUAUAUUUCCAGUUAGUGGUUCACAAUAAUAAUCUGUAUUUGGAGAGACCAUGUACAUCAGCUGUUCUAAUAAAUUCUGAUCUUUUCCAAUCACAU